GUCAUGAUGGGAGGAUCUCAUCAAAUAAAAUAACAUACAUCCCAGUGGAAGAGAUAAAUAGAGAGCUUUAACUGUUCUACAACAUAGCUUGCCCCCCCCGACCGCUGCUUUCCUGUGUUUGCGCAUAUUUGUUAUUGUCGGGCUAUUGUCGGGGCUCAGCACCAUGGACAGCUCCAGGCUGCGCGCACUCACUCUAGGGAGCUGCCUGCUUCUCCUUAUCAUCAGCACUGUCUGUGCACAAGAUGACAGCUCAGACCUGGAGACCAGGGCACUCCGAGACUUCUACCCAAAAGAAACCAUUCCUUCCAGUGAGAAAGAGCUGCUGGGGGCUCUGCAGGAAGUCCUGGAGAAGUUACAAAGUAAACGAGUGCCUGCCUGGGAAAAGAAAUUUGGACAAGUACCAGUGUGUGAUGUAGGGGAGCAGUGUGCAGUAAGGAAGGCGUCCAGGAUCGGAAAAUUAUGUAACUGUCCCAGAGGUGCUGUUUGCAACUUCUUCCUACUAAAGUGUUUAUAAGGCAAAUCUAAAAACCCAACGAUGAACUGCAGAAGCGACAGGGCUGAGCACCAACACAAGAUCUGGAAAAAAAGGACUUGGUGACAAUGAUUUUUACACUGGUAAAAUGAUGUACAGCAUCUGUUAUGUAUAAUGUAAUGCUCUGCUAGCCUUUCUGUGGGCAAAUAAAGACAUGCUCUCUUUUGUAAA